AUGGCUUCUGCCCAAGCUGCCGUUGGGCUACCUUCUCCCUCAUCCACCCAGGAUGACAUCGACACGGACGAGUCUACUGAACACGAUGAGACUGAUGACGACGACGAAAUUCACAUGAGCCCAGCCAUGCGAAAGCUACAGAGAGCCAAGCCUGCCACCAUUCGCCAGGCAGAGCAGUAUGUCGACAAGCUUGAUGUCUCCGUUGAGGACAAAGCCAUGAUCAAGAAGCACUGUGUCGCCAUUCUCCGCGUGCAGAAGAGGGCUCAUGAGCGAGAUCAUGAGAAGGCACACGCCAAAGGCUACCGUCAGGGUGACAAGUCAGCUCGCAAGAUUCUGAACCAACAGAUGCAAGACGUACUCGACAUGAACCGGGAGAAUCUGGGCAGGGUCAAAGAGCUAGAGUCAGCGAUCAAGAAGGAGCAGGCAAAGGUAGCGGCCGUCACCCGAGAAGCUGCCAUCAGGGGCAUUGAGCUUCCCUAUGCACGCGCCGCCGCGGUGAAGAGAGCACGUGCUCUCACCAGCCCAAGUGGCAGCUCUGUGGCGGAGGCAAUUUGCAUUGAUCAAGAUUGA